CAGGAUUGAUUAUCCGGGUAACUAGUUAAAGAUGGCGGUGAUUAUCUGAAUUUUAUCCACAUCAAAACAUCUUAUAUUUACCGAACGAAAUGGCAUCAAAACAAGGGAAUAAAGGUUGUAAAAAGGGCGAGGUAGAUUUAAAUUGGGUAUUACAUUACUUAAGAGAUGGCGUUUACCCACCAGGGCUGAAUUUUACUGAGAAACGAAUGGUCCGAAAAAGGGCGGAAAGAUUUUGUUAUUUGAAGGGUGAUCUUUAUUACGUUGGAACGCCUACAGAUCAGUCUUUAGGAAAGAAGACCAGAUUUGUUCUUCUGACAGAGGCGGAUAAAUGGAGCGCUGUUGAACAAUGUCACAUCGAUAGCGAAGGCACACAUCUUGGUCUUGAGCGAACAGCUGAUGGAAUCACUGCAAAAUACUACUGGAACGGCAUCUAUGGUUUUAUAAAAGACUUCAUUCGGCAAUGUUCCCACUGUGUCAGUCGUCACCCCAACAUGUUGGCCCCGACCGGUCGGGCCAGCAUGGAGACUGUAACCGGGGAGGUAAACAGCGACGGCCUUGUGGAAGAAAAUGUCUACGUGAUUGAAUACCAAGACCAAGAUGCAACCUCUUCCAAGGUCCCUGUUCAAGAUGUGUCACUGAUUGAUCUUCGACUGUUGGGCCCUUAUGAAUUCAAUGACUAUGUUCACCAUGUUCUAAUUGGUGUUGGUGGGAAUGCAGACUGGGUGGAGGCGUAUGUACUGGACAUAAUCACCGCUGCCAGUAUCAGUAAUAGUCUGCUCCAAAUGAUAGGCAGGCACGGUCAAGUGUCAUUUGUGACAAUGAGUGAGAAGAACAAGAAACUGUCGCCAUCUCUGAUGUUAGCCAUCAAGCAUUUGAAAGAGGAUUCAAAUAUUAACAUCAAGCUGCAGCAAAAUGCCCCAGAACGUACCAGUUCCCUAAUGCAGGAAGCCAAGGACGUGAUUGAAGCCUUCAUAGAAGCUCAGUCUGACACUUGGCCAGAGGAGAUAGACCUGUGCCUCACUCACUCCUGUUUGCCCCUAAGGCUGGCACGUCAGCAAACCAGCUCUUCUGCAUCUCUUGACAAGAAGAGUCUGUCCAUGGACUCCGAUGAGGGCAAGGCUGCUGAGGCCCUGAUGUCUGUACGAAGGGCCGUCAUAUCCUCAGGGGAACCUACAACACCCGUAGCUACGCCUCUAAUCUCCACACCUACCACUGGGAAAGGAAUAAUUACAAGAAGCAGGACUGGUGUGACCAAACCCAAGACGCUGGACCAAGAAAGCUAUGAGACGCCUGCAGCAGGAAAACGUCGCCUCAGCGCGGGAGAGGAUGCUGGAGGGAAGAAGAGAGUGAGGGUAGAGCUGGUGAAUGCUCUGGGGUCUGUCAAGGUGGUCACCCCAGUCACAGCAAGGGACGUGUCUUCAACGCUGGAUUCAUCAGAUGUGCUCGAACUCAGUGAAAACGAGCCCACUGAUAGCGAGGCAGAAAUGUCACAGACAGAGGCUACUGCUAAAAAAGUGGUCGACCUUGAUACAUACUACGAGGCCAUCAAGCUGUACGUGGAUAGUGGUACAUACCCUGUGAACGCCUCCAAGAACUUCAAGCGUCUCAUACGGGACCAGGCAAAGAACUACACAAUCAAGAAGGGAGACCUUUACCAUGAGGUGGGGGUCAAAGGUCAAGUGAAGAAGAUUGUGAUGAGGAAAGAAGAGAGGAUGAGACUGCUAAUGGAGGCACAUCUUAAAAUGGGUAAACAGAACAUGUUGACGUACCUGGAUCACGUACAUUGGAAGGGCAAGCAGCUGGACGCAGAGGCAUUUGUUCUCGCCUCUCCCCUGAGUGACAAGACACACCUGAGAGUCUUCAAGGAGACAAGUCUGCGCAUUGGGCCUGAUACACAGAAGCAGCUGGAGCUGGACCGUGAGGACAACUACACUGAGAUCAGCAACUACCUGAUCUACGAGGUGUUCUCUGAUGAUCUCUCCUCCCAGCGCCUCGAGCCAAUCAAACGACAGCUGAGGAACUUCCACAUCGAGGGAGGGUACCUGGUGCAUGCCACUGGCAGCAGACGACAGAGGGUCCUGCAGACGGCCACAGAGAGGAAACUGGCCAUCAGUGAGGCUCAUCUCAAGAAAGGUGCCCAUGCGGACUGUGCGGCCACAUUCAACCAACUAUUUGAGACCUCGUUCUGGUUCGGCAUGAAGCUAGACGUGAAGAUCUUCACGCAUUAUUGCUGCAGUAACGAGAACAAGCACCUGCUGGAGAGAUACUUUGCCUUCAGGGAACACCACAUGAAAAACCCCAUGACCAGUGACAUGCUGGAGGGUGAGGGUGAGAGAGAGGUAGGGGCCCAGGGACAAGGGGAGAUCACUGAGGGAGUGGAGCAGGGGGAGACCACUGUGGAAGAGGUCACGGAGGCCGAAAUAGCAAACAUUGUCCCGGCUCACUACAUCUCUACAGCAGGUCAGAUAACAGCACCCACUGCAAUUGGCAACACAGACAUUCAGCCAAGCAUAGAACAUGAGACCUCAGAAUCCUCACCUGAGCCCCUGGAUCAGUCACACAUGAUUGUCAUGGCAACAGCCUUGCAGGGAAACAAUGAAGGGAACCCCCUGGAGUCCUCUCUCACUGUAUGUGACCUUGGGGAGGGGAGCGGCUACCUCGAGACAGGGGAAGCUACUGUUGAGAUAAAUACCACCGAGAUACCAGAAGUGAAGGCCAUGAAGUUGAUCCCGCCAACACGUAUCAUGUUGCGGGUGACCCCAGAAGGCAACACGCUGAUUGUGAACGAGGACGGGUCUGAGACGCUGGCGCGGCACGCUGGUCAGGUGAUCUCCAACAUGAGCAGCAGUGAUGAUGUCACACUGGCUGCAGUCAAGUCCAUACUGCAGGAUGCCGGUGCACUAGGUAGUAAUGAGUUUGUAGUUCACACCUCGACUGUAUCUCAGUCUCAGAGUGAGCCACAGCAGCCACCGCAGCCAGGCAGUCAGAUCAAAGUCGAGGAGAGGGUGCCUGACGUGAUAGAGGCAGGAACAUGCACACUAGAGGAUGAAGAUGAAGAAGAGGAAGACAGUGAUACAUGGAUGAACGAGUCCGAUGAAGACGAUGAAAAUGAGUAUGGCGAUACAGAGGGUGAGCCCAAGAUGGAGGUCUACAAGGGAGAGGACGGUGCCCAGAGACGCGUACCAACCCCCAGGCAGCACUUCAAGUGUAGCCAGUGUAACAAGAUCUUCUAUGGGCCUCUCAAGUUUAAAAUGCAUAUGUACAAGCACACUGGUCAGAAGCCCUUUCCUUGCAACCACUGCCAUAAGAAGUAUACAAACAAGAAAUCUCUAGUGAUUCAUCAGCGCACACAUACAGGCGAACUGCCCUAUCUGUGCAGUCUGUGUGGACGUCGCUGUGCAAGCAAGAUUGCCCUCAAGUCCCAUCUGAAGUGUCACGACGGGCAGGGGGGCGGGUUUCCAGCUCAGUGUGACAUCUGUCAGAGGAUGUUCUCUCGCAAGCAUCUCAUGGAAAGGCAUAAAAUGCAUAAGCACACCAAUCACCAGACGGAGUUCAAGUGUACUGAAUGCUCCAAAGUAUUUGGACAUCAAAGAAGUUUGCGUCGCCACUUUAUGUCUACCCACCUCAAUGUCAAGAACCAUGUGUGUGGCCUGUGUGGGAAGUCUUUCUACCGCAAGGAGUAUUUAACGGGUCAUCUGGUCCAGCACGGAGGGGUGGCGGCUGAGGGCCUGGCGCGGCGCAGCUCGCGCACGACCUUCAAACCACGACCCUCGGUGUUCAACCAGGAGUCGUCGCUAGGGGACGGCAAGUCAGGGGAGGAGGUUGAUGAUAUUGAUGCAGAGAUCAUUAAUACUGACACGCAACACAUCCAGCGUAUCAUCCUGCACCAAGAUGAGCACGGCCACCUCCGUGUGGUUGACAUGGCAACAGAGCAGCAGGUCAAGAGGAUGCUUGAGGCCCGGGGCUUUGUGUCUGGAAAAGCCGGAGAAACCAUGGUGGUACAGAUAGAGGAGCCAGGUGGUGAGCCUCAGGUGGUUCAUGUGGAGAAUGCAGGGGGUGCAGGGGAGGAUGACAUGGUGGAGGGCACACUGGAGUACCACCAUCUAGACGGCACCAUCUCGCACACUGGCCCUGAUUCUGAUGGCUCCAUGACACAGUACAUGUAUGCCACAAGCUCCGGUGAUGUUGCCAUGCAUACAUCGUCAGGGGAGAUCACUGUGCAGACAUCGUCAGGGGAGAUAACCGUGCAGACGUCAGGCACCCAGGAGCUGAUGUAUGGCCAGCCGGCUGUGCAGUAUGAGGUGGAGUGUGUGGGGGAGGUGGGCGAUGAAGAGGCCCUGUCUGCCAUCAAUCUCCUGGCUCAGGCCUCGGCCCAGCAGUACGAGAUCUCACAGAUAUAACUGAGAAUAGAGCUGACCUCCCCCCAGCAGUACGAGAUCUCACAGAUAUAACUGAGAAUAGAGCUGACCUCGGCCCAGCAGUACAAGAUCUCACAGAUAUGAUUGAGUAUAGAGCUGACCUCGGCCCAGAAGUACGAGAUCUUACAGAUAUAACCGAGUAUAGAGCUGACCUCGGCCCAGCAGUACGAGAUCUCACAGAUAUAACUGAGUAUAGAGCUGACCUUGGCCCAGCAGUACGAGAUCUCACAGAUAUAACUGAUUAUAGAGCUGACCUCCGCCCAGCAGUGCGAGAUCUCACAGAUAUAACUGAGUAUAGAGCUGGCCUCCGCCCAGCAGUACGGAUGAAGGAUGCACUAUAUAACAUUGUUACUGAGUUUAUUCCACUCGGGUACAGUUCUUACAAAGAAAAAGUUUCUAAAUAUAUCAGUUUUUGUUGGAAUUUGUUGGGAAAACUGGGAAUUAUUGUUCAAUUUAUUACUAACAAUGUACUGAUGAAUAAUGUUUUUUUUUCUUAACCCUAUUUAAUUGUACACUUGGGCCUUAGUGGCUUAAGGAAGUGUUAGUAAGGAAUGGUCCGCACAUGGCCUUUCACCACCUUGAACAAUAGUGUCAGCCUGUGGGCACGAUGUCUGUCUUGAGGUGGUGAGAUUGUGUUAAAUAAAAAGUAUGUAUAAAUUGCAAAGGAAUGAAUUUAGCAAUAAGGCAUUGAUAUGUUGUUCGUUUACAUGUUAUUGUUAUUAUUUGAUGCUGCAUUUAAAGAUGUAAACUUCCUCAGAAAUGUCAUGCUUUCUUCAAAUAGUUUUUUUGAGUGUCAAUUUAUACAAUAAAAUACAUUAUGUUUU